AUGGACGAGAUCAAUAAGAUCCCGCCUGUAACAAGGACGAUGAUCUUUGCCACUUUGGGAGUGACGCUACCCGGAAUGUUACAGAUCAUAAGUCCGUACAUCUUCUUUUUGUGGUGGCCAGCAAUCACUGGAAAGUUUCAAAUUUGGCGUUUAUUCACUUCAUUCUUCUAUGGUGGAUCAGGAAUACAAUUGCUAUUUGAUAUUUUUCUACUUUUAAGAAAUUCAACAGAUCUGGAAACGAAUAAAUUUUAUCGCAAAACUGCUGAUUAUGCUUGGGCACUCAUGAUCGUUGGCUCGAUGAUCAUCGCAACGAAUUAUCCUCUCAAAUCACCGGUCUUAUUCAAUCCUCUCUUGAUGGCGAUUGUGUAUUUGUGGUCCCGAGCAAAUCCACACUCAAACGUGAGCUUGUUUGGAUUAAUCAAUUGUCCAGCAAAGUAUCUGCCUUAUGCAUAUUUGCUCUUCGACCUUUUGCGUGGAGGGACACCAUAUGCGAUUCAAAGUGCAACCGGAUUGUUAUCAGCGCAUAUCUAUUAUUUCUUGAACGAGGUCUUGCCGGCAACCAAUGGCGGAAGAGGUCCUAAUUAUCUGCCUAGAACUCCUGCCUUCUUGCAAAAUCUCUUACGUGACAGUCCUGAUCCAAGAGUGCAAGGACAAGAAGCACAACAAGGAGGAAGCGUACGUAGUACUGCUUGGGGAGGAACGGCAUAUGCGCCCGCAGGAAGGUCUUUUGAGCAAGACGAUGAUGACGUAGAACACAGUUGGGGCUCAGGUCAACGACUUGGUAAUUAG